AUGAAAAGCCUCCAACACCCAACAAGUCCUCUUUCCGAAGUGUCAUCGUGGCAGAGUAAUGACUCAAACCACAGUUUAAUAUCAUCCUUUAUUUCAAAAAUUAGAGAAAAGUUUUCAUCAACUAAUCAUGAGCUUGUGAGGCAUCUCAUGAUCCUUCAUCAUAACAAGGUCAUUUACAGAGAAGACACAAAUAGUACAUUAUCACCAUGUGUCAUUACAUCUCCUGCUCUCCUCACGGAUCAAAUGUUCAACGAGAGUCAUGUCAUUUCACCCAUAUCGUCAUCGAGCACUCCCCACCAGCAAGCAAAUUCUCAACUUUCCGAGCAGCAACAGCAACUACCAUGCUUAUCACGCAUUGAAUGGAGUGAUGGAUGCAAGUUCAUAAUCACACAAAGGUUGUCACCCUCUCAAAAUACAAUUAUUGCCACAACGAUGCAUCAAAGACAAAGUAUGAUUUUAUCACAAAUAUUUUCAAAUUGUUUUUUAGUAUUGAGGUUUGAUCGAAUGCAUGGAGUGAACAUGAAUAAGGUCCUACAAGAUGCUAUUAGUUUUAUUGGUGAUUUAUUGGAAUUAUGA